ACUCAGUCAAAUGUUGGUCCUCAGUGUGUCUGCGGGGCCAGAGCAUAAGUGUCAGCUUGACAUGCAAACACCAGGCAGAGAUUUUAGCCGUCAGAGUGGUCUCAACUUCCCAGCAGACAUGGUGGACACCCAGCAGCUCCUAGCCUGGCCUGUUGGAUUCAGUCUGAACGCCGUGGACCUCUCUGAACUGGAAGACAGCUCCCACUCGCUCGACAUGAAGCAUUUGUCCACAUUAGACUACACCUCCAUCUCUUCUGCCGCCAUCCCUUCUCCUCUGUCUCCCCCACUCAUAUCCUCCAUCUCUUCCAUUGGUUUGGCGUACGACCCCAGUCUACCGCAGAGUGAAGAGCACCUGACGCACAUGGACUACACAAACCUGCACAGCUACAGGACAGAGCCCAUCACACCCAUAUCCGAUUCAAUCAAGCUGGAGCCCGAGUCUCCACCUCAGUACUCUGACAGUCUCGUCUUCUCAAAGCUCCAAGACGACACAUCAGCGACGUCACUAAACAUCGAGUGCCGCGUGUGUGGGGACAAAGCCUCUGGGUUUCACUAUGGUGUCCAUGCCUGCGAGGGCUGUAAGGGUUUCUUCAGACGCACAAUCAGGUUAAAGUUGGUGUACGAUCACUGUGACCUUCACUGUCGCAUUCACAAGAAGUCCCGUAACAAAUGCCAAUACUGUCGCUUCCAGAAGUGCCUUCACGUCGGCAUGUCGCACAACGCGAUUCGUUUUGGCCGAAUGCCUCAAGCUGAGAAGGAGAAACUGCUGGCUGAGUUCUCGUCUGACAUGGAACACAUGCACCCGGAGGCAGCCGAUCUGAGGGCUCUGGCCCGGCAUCUGUACGAGGCCUAUCUGAAAUACUUCCCCCUCACCAAGGCCAAGGCAAGGGCCAUCCUCUCUGGGAAAACCGGAGACAAUGUGCCUUUUGUCAUCCAUGACAUGAAGUCUCUAAUGGAAGGGGAGCAGUUUAUUAAUUGCAGUCAGAUUCCCAUCCAGGAGCACCAACAGCAGGCCACUGUUCUUACAGCGGGACACGGAGGGAUCACAGAAGUUCAAAUGGCGUCAGAGUGCGGCCUUUUGGAAACAACGAGCAUCAGCGGACAUGGCUUGACGGACGCCGUGGAGCUACGUUUCUUCUACAGCUGUCAGUCACGCUCAGCCGAAGCGGUGAGAGAAGUCACAGAGUUCGCCAAGAGUAUCCCAGGAUUCACUGACCUGGAUCUGAACGAUCAGGUAACUUUGCUGAAGUAUGGUGUGAUAGAAGUCUUGAUCAUAAUGAUGGCUCCUCUGAUGAACAAAGACGGGACCCUCAUCUCCUACGGACAGAUCUUCAUGACGCGGGAGUUCCUCAAGAGUCUCAGAAAACCGUUCUGUCAAAUGAUGGAGCCCAAGUUUGAGUUUUCCGUCAAGUUCAACACGCUGGAGCUGGACGACAGCGACAUGGCACUGUUCCUGGCAGUUAUUAUCCUCAGCGGAGACCGUCCAGGCCUCCUGAAUGUGAAGCCCAUCGAGCAGCUCCAGGAGACGGUGCUUCAUUCGCUGGAGCUGCGGCUGAAGCUGAACCACCCGGACUCGCUGCAGCUGUUCGCCAAGCUGCUCCAGAAGAUGACCGACCUGCGUCAGAUCGUCACGGACCACGUCCACUUCAUGCAGCUGCUGAAGAAGACCGAGGUGGACAUGUGCUUACACCCGCUGCUGCAGGAGAUCAUGAAGGACUUGUAUUAGAAUUCACCAGGAGAAAAAAAAAAGGACAAAAGUUGCAAAUAUAAAUAUAUAUAUAUAU